AUGAAUCCUUAAAAAGUAAGAAAUGGACCCAAUUUCAUGUAAUAACUUAAUAAGAAAAAACAUGUAGAUUGCGCUUUGAGUUCAAACUCUGAUUCAUCUGAUGACGAAGUUGAUGAAAUUGUUGCAAUCAAAAAAGAUGUCCAAAAACAAAGAUUCUCAGUCUCUGCUGAAGCUUAUGGAUAAUUCAAUAAAAAGGAGAACUUUAAAGCCAAAUUUAUUCCUAAAAGUAAGGAGCAAUCUGAACGAAUUAAGCAAAGAAUGCAAGCAGGAUUCAUGUUUAGUGCUUUAAAUGAAAAGGAAAUUGAAAUUGUUGUUGGUGCCAUGGAAGAAAAGAUCUUCCAUAAAGCAGAAUAUGUAAUUAAAUAGGGAGAAGAAGGAAAUGUACUCUAUGUUGUCGACACAGGAGAAUUGGAUUGUUUUAAGAAUUAUGGCAAAGGAGAUGUCCUUCUUAAAACAUACUAUCCAGGAGAAAGUUUUGGUGAAUUAGCAUUAUUAUUUUAAUCUCCAAGAGCUGCAUCCAUCAUCGUAAAAAGCGAUAAAGCUAUACUUUGGUAAUUGGAUAGAGAAACAUUCAAUCUAAUUGUGAAAGAAGCAUCUAUCAAAAAGAGACAAUAAUUCGAAACUUUUCUUGAAAAUUGGGAUUUGCUAAAAGAAAUUAAAGAUCCAUAUGAUAAAUUGAAAAUGAGUGAUGCAUUAUUUGAAAAGUAAUAUAAAAAAGGAGAUGUAAUACUGUAAUAAGGAUAAAAAAGCUAAGAAAUAUUUAUAUUAGAAUAAGGAAGAGUGAGUGUGAAUAAAAAUAAUUAAACAUUAUUUGAAUUGACAAAAUUGGGGGAUUAUUUUGGAGAUUAAAGCAUAGUAGCUGGCACAUUAGAAUCAUUUAGUUAUGUGGCAGAAGGUGAUAUGAAAUUGAUGUAUAUCCCUAAGAAAAGUUAUUCGUCAACUCUCAAAGAAAUAGAAAGUACUUUAUUGAAGAAUAUUUAAACUAAGUAUGGAAAAUAUUAAUGAUAUUAUAUAUUAAAGUAUUAAAAUAUUUUGAUUUAUAUAAAUAUUAUUACCUCAAA